CCCGCUCGCCGUAGUUUUCGGUUGCUAUGGUCGCCCCGUCCCUUAGUAACGCUCCGUACUGUACAGAUUGUCCGCCACGUUCCGGGCCUGCUUUCCCUCCCGGUCUCCUUCCCUCGGUUCUCCGGUCACGGUGCUGGUCAUGGCGUCUAAUCCGAGCGUUUUUCUCCUUAACGUGAAUGGACAGAUAGAGAGCGCCGAGUUCCCGGAGUUUGAUGAGCUCUACUGCAAGUACUGCUUUGUGUACGGACACGACUGGGCCCCCACCGCUGGGGUGGAAGAAGGGAUAUCCCAAAUCGCAACUAAGAACCGAACUGCGAACCAAAGCAUCGUGUGGAAUUUUCCCAUUGAGAUAACAUUUAAAAGCACCAACCCGUACGGCUGGCCCCAGAUUGUGGUCAGCGUCUACGGGCCGGACGUCUUCGGGAACGAUGUUGUGAGGGGCUAUGGAGCGGUUCACCUUCCCGUUACCCCAGGCAGGCAUAAAAAAACUAUUCCCAUGUUUGUCCCAGAGUCUUCAUCAAGGCUUCAGAAGUUCACCAGCUGGCUCACAGGUCACCGCCCAGAAUUCACAGACCCCAAAGUUGUGGCUCAAGGGGAUGGUCGAGAAGUCACAAGGGUCCGUUCUCAAGGAUUCCUCACCCUUUCCUUCAGCGUUGUGACCAAAGACCUGAAGAAACUUGGCUACACAACAAGCUCCAAUGAGGCUUCCAAUUCAGUGGUAACUUCUAACCCAUAAGUCAGAUACCCAGCCUGUGGUUGCCAUCAAGUGGGACCAUCGAUCUGGAGAGGGGGAAGUAUUAAUAUUCUGAUCUGAAGAGUGUCUCAUGCUAUUAAAUAUAAGUCAAGGAGGUGGCAACAAUUCUAAUACUUGGGAAGCAAACCAAAGCUUCAAUAUGCAGCUGUGAGAUAUCGCCUCUUGAGUGGUGUUUAUAACAAGACUUUGCAGUACAGAUUGUCAGUACAGUUUUGUUUUGUAUCAGGACUAAAGGGGUUGUCCGAAGAAACAGAAGGAACUCCAGGCAGGUGAGCUGGCCUCCCUUAGAAGCUUUUACGGACUGUCUAAAGGGGUUAUCCACUUAAAGACCCAACCUGUGUAUUGCAUCAAAAAGUAUAAUAAAGCAACUUACCAUAUAUACUCGAGUAUAAGCAGAGUGUUUCAGCACGAUUUUUCGUGCUGAAAACACCCCCCUCGGCUUAUACUCGAGUGAACUCUCCGCCCUCAGUGGUCUUCAACAUGCGGACCUCCAGA